AUGCCCGGCGCGGGCGAUGACGGCCAAUGGCCGGGAUACUGGAAGGUCGGCGGGGAGAUGGAGAGAAGGGCAGAGACGAGGGCACACGGUCAAGCGCCCGGAGCGUUCGAUACGCCCCGCCUUAUCGCCGGUGGCCUCAGGCAGGAGAGCCCCCCACAGGCCAAACUUCGUGCUUCGGCGGAGCUCUCAACUUCCCUUCUCCACUUGUUUCUUUCUUUGCUUCCUGCUCAGGCUUUCCUCCUUUCCGAAUUCAACAUCCAAUGUAGCACGCAGUCACUCCAACUCUCCGACCUGAACUUCGGUACGUUCCUUUUCUACCCCGCGACCUUCCCUCUAAACGCGACUCCCGUCGCGCUCUCCCAAGAUGCGAACCUGGUAAAAGGUCAGACCGCGCAAAGCCCCGGCACCUCCUGCUUCCUCUCACAAUCGCCGAUGGUACUCCUCAUCACCUCCUUGACUUCGCGGAUACAAAACAUCAUACCAUCCUAA